AUGACUGCACAAGAAAGGCUCAGAGUUCUAAAACCACCAAGACGCUUGUCUCUUGAAAUUCUUGAGCUGAUACGCCAGUGUGAAGCAGCACGAGCCGCAAGCAACCAAAAACUCACGUCUGAGCUCGUAAGGCUUUGCAGAGAGGCGAUAACAGAGAACCUCAAAAAGAGAAGAGCAGAAUUGCUGGCUGAACUUGCAGAGGCGGGAAAGAGCAUUCGUUAUGCCCGUCGUGACUUCGCCAGUCGCAAGACGAGAAUGACUGCUCUCCGGAACCCGAAGGGAACAACCAUUGCAUCGUGA